CUUCCGGGUGGUGCGAGCGAGAUGGGGCUGAGGGCCGGUCUCGCCGAGUAGCUGCGGUGAGUGGGCGUGUGCGCCGAGCGGUCUGGCCCGAGGACUGGGGGCCGGCCGAGGGUCUUCGGGAGCAGGCCGCAGGGCGUGGAGAGAGCCUGGGAUCGCUGUCCGCCGCUGCUACCCGGCAUGUCAGCGGAGGCCUCGGGCCCGGCGGCCGCCGCGGCCCCGUCCCUGGAAGCCCCCAAGCCCUCGGGUCUCGAGCCUGGCCCCGCCGCCUACGGUCUCAAGCCGCUGAUCCCGAACAGCAAAUACGUGAAGCUGAACGUGGGCGGCUCGUUGCACUACACCACGCUGCGCACCCUCACGGGACAGGACACCAUGCUCAAGGCCAUGUUCAGCGGCCGCGUGGAGGUGCUGACCGAUGCCGGAGGUUGGGUGCUGAUUGACCGGAGCGGCCGUCACUUUGGUACAAUCCUCAAUUACCUGAGGGAUGGGUCUGUGCCACUGCCGGAGAGUACCAGAGAACUGGGGGAGCUGCUGGGCGAAGCACGCUACUACCUGGUGCAGGGCCUGAUUGAGGACUGCCAGCUGGCGCUGCAGAGUCUCUCUGUCGCCCAGGCUGGAAUGCAAUGGUGUGAUCUUGGCUCACCGCAACCUCUGCCUCCCAGGUUCAAGCAAUUCUCCUGCCUCAGCCUCCCAAGUAGCUAGAAUUUCAGGCGCCUGCCACCACGCUUUGCUACUUUUUUGUAUUUUUAGUAGAGACGGGGUUUCACCAUGUUUGCCAGGCUGGUCUCGAACUCCUGACCUCACGUGAUCCAUCCGCCUUGGCCCCCCAAAGUGCUGGGAUUACAGGCGUGAGCCACCGUACCCAGCCUGUAGUUUUAAAUUUACUAAUGUUAUCAUGUACCCACUGUGUGUCAGGAGCAAUUCUGCUAUCUGCUUGUGUAUACAUCUUGUACCCUUGUUUGACAUAAAAAGAAACGCGAGGGAGCUUGGAUGACGCGUCCAAGGUGAAAGAGCUGGGAAGCAGCAGAGCUCAGAUUUGACCCCAGGCUACCGGACUAUCUGACCUUCAGCCUCCCAAGGGCAGUAGUUUUCUGUACUCCUGCUCUCUCCUUUCCAGGUUCCCUGCGCACCUCACACAGCUCAGCACACUCCUCAGUGUGUGGCACUUCAUCAAUAUUGGUCUAUGCAAACCUUUUGUCUUUUAAUUUUAUUUCUUUCCCUUCAUUCCCAAUCCCCUGCCUACUUUCCUUUUCCCCAGGGGCACCCAUCCAAUUUUAAUGUUUUGAUACAUAUGCUCGAAAAGCUAAAGCAUUGUUCUGCAUAUGUGUGCAUUUUAAAUGUCCAUAAAUGGCAUUGAAGCUGUGAAUCAGUUUCUGUUGCAUUGUGUUUUUUUAAUUCAGCACUUUUUUUCAAGAUCUAUUCAUGCUGCUCCAAGUACAUCUAGUUCUUUGCUUCUAACAGCUGCAGAAAAAUCUGUGGUGUUCAUUCACCAUAUUUUGUUCAUACAUUCCCCUGAGGUUGGAGACCUAGAUUGCCUUUCAGUUCCUGCCCCUACAAACCGUGUCACCAUGAGCAUCCUGGUACAUGCUCCCUUCUGAUUCUGUGCCAGUCUCCUGUGAUUGUAGCUGGGAGUAGAAUUGCUGGAUAACAGGACACCUGCAAACGGCGUUUUAGUAAAUAUCAUCUAAUUGCUCUCCCGAAUGGUUAUAGUACUUUAUCCUCAUAAUGAGCAGUGCAUAAGAGAUCCCAUUUCUGCAUGUCCUCAUCAAAACAUGGCAUCAUCCAGCUUUCUAAUUUUGCCAAUCCAAUGAGUGUAGCGUGAUCUCAUUUUCAUUUGCAUGCCUCUGAUUACUAAUGAGGUUCAGCAUCUUUUCAUAUACUCACUAGUGUUUUUUUGUUUCCCUUCCUGUGAAUUGCUUAUUCAUGUUCUUUACCAGAUUUUCUGCUUUUUUCUUUUUCAUGUUGCUUAGCAGGAGAUGCUUGCAUAUUUUAGUUUAGUUCCUAGGGAUAAUUAAGCCCUACUACAUAUGGGUAUGUCUUAUACAUGCCCUAGGGCAUGGAUUAUACAUAACAAAUUAACCUGUAAGCCUGUAGCAUGGGACUAUUUACCUACUGUUCUCAGCAAAAUUCAGAAAACACUCAAAUUAUUUGCUGUUUUUUUUGUUUUUGUUUUUCUUUUUUUGAGGUGGAGUCUUGCUCUGUCGCCCAGGGUGGAGUGCAGUGGCGCGAUCUUGCCUCACUGCAACCUCCCUCUCUGGGGUUCAAGUGAUUCUCCUGCCUCAACUUCCCGAGUAGCUGGGACUACAUGUGUGCACCACAAUGCCUGGCUAAUUUUAUCAUAUUUUUGGUAGAGAUGGAGUUUCGCCAUGUUGGCCAGGCUGGUCUCGAACUCCUGACCUCAAGUGAUCUGCCUGCCUUGGCCUCCCAAAGUGCUGGGAUUCAGGUGUGAGCCACCGUGCCUGGCCAUAUUUGCUGGUUUUUGAGAUUCAGAUGAGGAACUUCGGUUGAAAAAGUCUGUUCUAGAUAAAAAUUUCUAGUCAAUGUAGAUAUCUCCAAUAUUUUUUCUUAGAAUGUCACCUGCUUGUGGCAUCUAGCAUUGAAUGGAAAUCCUUGAUUUUUUAAAAUUACAAAUAACCAUUUAUUAUUUUAAAGCAGUAUUUAUUAAUUGUAGAAAUUUCAGAAACACAAAUAAUCUAAAAAAUAAAAGCACCAAAUAUUCUUCCAGGUCGUUUCCUGUGUGAGAGUAUGUGUGUGCGUGUGUGUGUUUGCUUGCCAAAAUACAAUCGUGUUGUAUGAAAUGUUUUAUAAUCUGUUUUUUGUUGUUGUUAAUAAUUGCCAUCUUUACAUGUCAAUAAAUUUUUAUUUAAUAUCCA